AUGUCGAAGAAACUUAAAGCCCUUCAUAAGAGAUAUGAUGAGGAAGGGACGAUAUUGGUUAAGGAUACACAAUUUGUGAAAGAGUACGCAACAGAAUUUAAAGAAUGGGUUCAAGAAUUCGUUGGAAAACCGGUGAAAUGGACAUACCCAUCACCAAAAAUAUAUGUAUCCAAAUUCUUGCAUCUGUUAUGUCGUCUUCAAUCCAUUGAUCCUACAAUUGCUUCGACAUACGUUGACAUUUUACAAAUGGUUGUUAUGCCUGGCAAUGAUCCGCAAAUUCGCUAUCAAGGAGUGUGCGCAUCGUAUAAUGUCAUCUCUUUAAUGUAUGAGUUUAUGAUUGGAAUGUAUUGGAUUGACAAUAUUUUUGUUUUUAUUUUCUCUCGCGAUCCAGUUAAAUACGCAGAAAGAGUCUUAGGCAUUGGCGAGCUUCGAGCACCAACUGGUGAUGAUAUGAUUGAAUACGCAAAUGUAAUUAUUAAAGAAUUAAAUCCAGAAUUACCGGAACACUUUCAAUUUUGGUGGUCGAUGCUUAGCAAAUGUUUCAUUCCUCAUGUAUUUAAGAGUAACAUUUCAGGAAAUCCAAAAGCAAUUAAUGAUUUGAAAAUAACAUUGGCCGAAGCAUUUUUCAAGAAUCUAACGAUCUACAAAUCACGCGUACUUAUCGGUGUUAGUCUUGAAGAACGAAUUCCGAUUAAAUAUCAAGACGAUCCGCUCAUUAUUUCCACAUUUCACGCAAAUAUGCUUUUAAUUCAAUAUACAAUCAACGUAGCGAAAGAACAAACCAACGAUAAGAAACAUUACUUAGAGAGAUUGCAAUUUUUCUUUGAACAAGUUUUCAAAGUUGAAGUUUAUCUCAAAGAUACGCUAGUUACAAACAGAGUAUUCGAUAAAAUAUAUGCAGAUUAUCCAUUCAAAUGCAAAGCCGCUAUAUUUACAGAUUUAAAGCCAGCAGAUAAUAAAAUAAUCGAAUAUAUUAUUAAUACGAUCAAAAAAGAGAAAGCAUCGAUGGCCCUUAAGGAAUUUAUGAUCAACUGUUACGAAGGAUAUCGUCUGGAGUUCAAACAGCUCAUUAGAAAACAAAAUUUAGCAGAUAAUCAAAUAAAAUCUCAAUUAUCCAUUAUUAUGCCUUUAUUCUAUACCGCGAUAAUAGUAUACUUCCAAUCAAUUACCAGACUUCAAAUCAGCGAUGCUGCUUCGUUCCAAAUGCAAAUAUUUAAUUCCAAAACGCCAGAUCAAUCAUUCGGUCUUGUUUUCUUCCUUUCCAUGCUACUCAAUAUUCGUAAUUUCGCUCCUGAGCACUUUCUUCCUCUAAUUUCAGUUCCAAAAUGCAAAAAUUACGUCGAAAUCCUUGAUUUCUUUGGCAAAGCCAUCGCAUUGGAAGCAGUGAAGAACAUAAACAAGGAAAUUGCUAACGAUUACGAAAAUACUCUUAAAUAUGUUUUAUCCCAAAUUGUAGAGAAGCUUCCACCGAAUUCCGACAGUGUUUUCUCGACCACUGGGUUCAUUUUGAUACCUUUCAACCUUCAAAACAUGAGCACGAACCAGUUACAAGCUUUAAUUUCGAAUAUCUUCAAAGUCGCCGAUAAUUUUUUCGAAGAUGUCUGCGAAGUUGCAUUUAUUGAACAAUACGUAACAUUCUGCAAGAAGUACGGCAAGCCAUAUCGUAAAAACUACUUCAUUCAGUCAUUAGUUCCCGAAAUCAUCUCAAAAUUCCAAAAUUACGACAUUUCCCACUUGGCCACACAAACAUUGGAGUCAUACAUCAACUUCAUGACCGAUUUCAUUGCAAAUGACGUAAUUUCUGAAAAUGACAAAAUUAUUUAUUACUUAACUGUUAAUAAAUGGCUUGAUCAGAGGGAUAACAGGCAGAUCUACGCAAUUAAAGCAUCAAUGGUCAUUAUAAAGUGUCUGAAUUACCUAUCCUAUGAAAUUAUUGUCAAAAUUUCAAUUGCUUUGACAAAUAUUGACAAAAAAGAUCUAAAAAGUGACAUUUUAUUAGAUCCUUUGAAGUGUGCCAUUAAUUUAGUUUCUGAAGUUCUGUUUUGCUGCGACGAGAUGUCAGAAGUCAACAGAAUGCUCGUAAUUAAAAAUGUUGACAUGUUUUUUGACGAAAUUCUGACAUUGGCAAAAACAAAUCAAAAUUUGCCAAUAAUUCAGAUGGCAGUUUUACUUUUGACAUCUAUUUUGUCAUUCUCCAAAAAUGAACAGAAAAUCGUUUACUUUUUAACGAUGAAAAACGUUUUUGGUAUUUCAAACCAUGUUUUAGUGAAAAAGUGGACAAUUUUAGGGCAAAAUCCACAAUUUUUGAACCAAAACCAGAUGAUAAAAGACUGUAUAAUCAACGCGUUCGACGAAUUCAUUUCUCCAAGGAAUUCCCAGUUCUUGACAACGAAAAUUAUUCUGGAAAUUUGUUUGUUCGCUGGAGAAAUUUUGUACCAAUUUUCUGAUGAUCAAAAAGUGACAGAAAAGUGUCUAAAUAUUUUGACACACACAUAUGAAAACAACGAAGAACUGAAAAUGAUGCGAGAUUACGCGAUCCACUUGAUUUCGUCGUAUAAAAACAGUUUGCCGAAAAUAGAAAAUAAUUUUGAAUUUGACAAAUUACAUUUGACAGUUUUGUGUCAAGAUGGCAAAAUAAAGUUGACAGGAAUGACAAAUUCUGUUCGUAAUCCAUUGAAUUUUGUCAAAACUGAUUUAUUUAAUUUUGAUUUGUCGCAUAUAGAAAAUGAAGUUAAAUUUGGAGAAAGAACUCCUCAUUGCAAUUUAUACUAUGUUUGUAAGGACCAAAAGAAGUUUUCUGAUAUAGAAAAGAACGAUUGGAGUGUUGUUUCCAAACAUUUCUUUUCUUUCGCGACGUCGCUUGGCAAAUUGAAGAAGUACGAAAUAGAGUGGACUUAUUUCACACACAGAAUUAAUUUUUCUUUAGUUCCUUGUUAUGUAUCGAAACUGGAAGACAAAACAGAGUUUGAUUCAGUGAAUAUGAACGGAAUAAGAAGGAAAUGUGGAAUAUUCUGGAUUGGAAAUGGAAGAAGAGUUGAUUUCAGAAAUUUGAUUCAGAAAAAGAAAUUUGAUUUAGUUAUUUCUAUUUCUCAAAUCAAUGCUGAGUUGUAUUUCUUGUCUUGUCACUCUUCAAGAGAACAGACAACUCAGAUAUUCGAUGAAAUCACGCUCAGAAUAGAGUGCUUGCCAACAAUCAUUAGAUGGAUUGUUGAUAAUUAUAAUGUAUGUUAA